AUACUAUUAUUAAUUAUGGAUAAUAAAAGUCAACCCCUAAAAAAAACAGAACAUCAUUAAAAUCUCUUUAAAACCCCUUCUCCUCACCACGCACUACUCGUACACUCCAAACUCCAAACCCUCACAUUCCAAUUCCUUUGACUACCACCGCCGUAAGUCGCCUGCCCUUAGACGACAUGUCGUCUUACGGUCGAGGACAGGGCUACCCUUGUUUCGUCGACGACGGCGAGUCCAGCACCUCCUCACCCUGGUCCUUUCAACGCUCACCUUUCUCCGAUUACAGAGACAUGCUCUUCCACCACCAAAACCCAAACCCAAUUCGCGCCAAUUACCAAACCCUAGAAGACGCUUUCUCUCGCCUCUCCGUCGGCCCCGCCCAAGGAUCGUCUCUCGCCGCCGCCAAACGCUUCCGUUUCCAGAGCUUCGGACGAGGCGCCUCUGAUUACGCUUCCAACGGCAUUGGGCGAAUGCAGGGACUCGUUAGGUACGACCGAAACGACGCCGUUUCGCCGAGUGCCUCUCGCGACGCUUUCUUGAGCCAAACGGAACCUCGGAGCUUUCUUCUCGGGUUGCCGUUUUCGAACGACGAGCUGCGUUUCGGCUUUCCACGCAAAUCGCAUGGCGGAGUGGUGAAUGGCGAUGGCGGUAGCGGUAGCGGUUACCGUUUGUUGCCGCAGCCUUUGACUCAGUGUAGUGUGUAUGAUCUGAAGGGGAAGAUUCUUGCGUUGGCGAAGGAUCAAGUAGGGUGUCGGUUUUUGCAAGAGAGGAUGAGGAGUUUGGCUUCGCCAGAAGAGGUUUCUUUCGUGUUUUUGGAGUUGAUAGGUAAUGUGGUUGAGUUGAUGCUGGACCCGUCGGGGAACUAUGUUUUUCAGAAGCUAGUGGAAAUCUGCUGCGAGGAACAGAGGACCAGCAUCAUUUUGAUGGUCACAAAGCCUAAUUUUCAGCUUGUUAAUAUAAGUCUUGAUUCUCAUGGGACCCGGGCUGUUCAGAAAUUGUUGGAAUAUGUCACUACCCAGGAACAGCGAAACCUUAUUAUGCUAGCGCUGUGCCCCGGCAUUGUUGCAUUGACUAAGGAUUCCAAUGGUCUUCAUGUGAUUGAGCAUUGUCUAAAACUUUUUUCAAAUGAAGACAACAAGUAUAUUCUAGAUAUCGUGGCAAACAACUGUUUUGACAUAGCAACGGACAGGAGUGGGUGCUGUGUAAUGCAGUAUUGUGUUGACCAUGCUCAGGGUGAAACCAAAGAGCGGCUGAUGAAUGAGAUCAUAAUAAAUGCUUCACUCUUAGCAGACGACUGUUACGGCAACUAUGUGGUGCAACAUCUAGUGUCUCUGAAAAUACAAAGAACAACAGAAAGUAUACUUAGACAGCUUAAAAAUAAAUUUUUCUCUCUUUCCUGCAACAAGUAUGGUAGUAAUGUUGUGGAGAAGUUCUUUCAUGACUCGGGAGAACUGUAUUCUACACAAAUUAUUUCGGAGUUGCUAUGCAAUCCAAAUGUUUCAAUGCUUCUAGUGGAUCCAUAUGGCAAUUAUGUCAUCAAAUCAGCACUUUGUGUGUCCAAGGGUCCCAUUCGGAAUACUCUACGGGAGCUGGUUGAACGUCAUUAUCCAAUGAUGCGAAACAACCUCUAUGGCAAAAAGUUACUUGGUUGGUUUGACAAGUGGAAACUACGGCAAAUGUAAAAAUGUUGUGUGUAAUUUAUACAUUUUGCCCAUAUCACACAUAUCUCUGGACUAAGAAGUUGCAUUGUUUUUUUUCCUUUUCUCCUUCAUAAUCAUCCCAUGUUCCAUGUUGUGUUCAUUAGUUGGUUAAUAUAGCAUUUUUCUUUCAAUUUUUGUCACUUGCACGGGAUGCAAGGAUCUGGUAUUGGAGGUGCAGUAGAGAUUGGACCAUAGAGGACAAUGAGCGAGCUGUAUAGGGGAGCUAACUACAUAAAUGAUCCUCGCCAGUAGGCAUAUUUUUUUUGUGA